UUGUGCAGACUUGGUGGUGGCGUGAAGCCGGGAAACGCUCGUGCGGAGGGACGCGCGGGUGACGGUGAGGCCGACGGAAUCCCGCCGGGCCAAAACCUUAGCGGCGUGGAAAACUUGCACGUAUCGGCGACUUGAAGCAGAGGCGGAACUGGGCGAACAGGGAGCGAUGGCGCGCGGGGCACUGUGGGACAGAGCAUGGGGGCGGGACGGAAGCCUCGUUGGGUCAUACGGGGGCAACGCGGGAAGUCCGGACGCCGUAGCUGCCUGAAGAGGAGGCCUGAGCGGGAGGCGCAGGCCCCGGCCGCAGUAAUGGCGGAGAGACCCGAGGACCUAAACCUGCCCAAUGCCGUCAUUACCAGGAUCAUCAAGGAGGCGCUCCCGGACGGUGUCAACAUCUCCAAGGAGGCCCGGAGCGCCAUCUCCCGCGCCGCCAGUGUCUUCGUGCUCUACGCCACAUCCUGUGCCAACAACUUUGCAAUGAAAGGGAAACGCAAGACACUGAAUGCUAGUGAUGUGCUCUCAGCCAUGGAGGAGAUGGAGUUCCAGCGGUUCGUUACCCCGUUAAAAGAAGCUCUAGAAGCAUACAGGAGGGAGCAGAAAGGCAAGAAAGAAGCUUCAGAGCAAAAGAAGAAGGACAAAGACAAAAAAACAGAUUCGGAGGAGCAGGACAAGAGCAGGGAUGAGGACAACGAUGAAGACGAGGAAAGGCUGGAAGAAGAAGAACAGAAUGAAGAGGAUGAAGUGGACAACUGAAUAGGGUGAAAGACUGGCACCUUGGAAGGUACCACCCCGAAACAUGGUACUUGUUUAGGUGAAGCUUUCUGUGCUGGGCAUAGUAGUCUUAGGCAGAAAAGCCUGAAAAGACCGAAAUAAAAACUGACUAAAAUUGUCAUCAAAACCAGCACUUCCCAGACUCAGAGCAUCUGAGUAGCAGAAUCCUGUUUUUGCUUAAUCAGUCUGAAGGUUAUGACUUUUUGGCAAGAGGGAUUCUGAUUGGCUAAUUUAAUUAGUCAUUUUGAUUGUUUGUUUACUAAUGUAUAUGGCCAGGCAGUUGUUUCUUUUUUUUUUUUGAUUCCCAGGUCUCCCACCCCCAAAAGUAAUAACUUCCAUGCUGCUUGUGUUCCAGAUUACAAAGGCAGUCAAGCCUCCUCAUCUGCCUGUCACAGUGUACGGUAUUGGGCAAUACCCACUUAUCACAAGUGGUCAGAAUGGAUUAGCUUUAGGAACCUACUUAAAGGCUGGGGAGAACAAAAUCUGUUGUUGUUCUUCAUGCUAUUGUUAAUUGCCUUGGACCCUUCUAUGUGCCUAUAGGCUUUUGACCUGCUGGGCUCUCUGUCCUCUGGGCACAUAUGCUGUUAAACCAGCAGUGUGCAAUGGAACUAGUCAAGCAAGGGUACCAGUGUUACACUUUUAGAGAACAGAUGGUUUUAGAUACACCUCAUUGCCUGCCACUGUAAGUUUUAGGAUUGAUUGCCACCUUCCAGAAGGUGUAAAAUCCUGGCCUUCUCUUAUAGUCAGUCUUUCAGACUUGACUAUGAAUUUUCAUUGACUUGUUCGAAACUUUAUUUCCUCUAGGCACAACUUUUUCUCUCUGUGCUUCUUGCUUUCUGUCUCUCCUCUGCUCCCCAUUCCUACUCUCCCUCCUUCCUUUUCUCAUUUCCAAUCUAGGAACUUUGAUAACCUCUGUAAUAUCCCAAAGUGCGGGUUCCUUUAAUUCCUUUGUUGUAAUCUUAUGUGUUUUAAAAACGACUUUUCUCUGGACCUUAAGGGAAAUCUGAUGGUGCUCAGGAAUCUAAUUUCACCACACUCCUUUUUCUAGCCAUCACUUUUAACUGCUUCUGAAGUAUCCUGUUGACUCUUCUUGCUCUUUUUCUUUCAAUUUGGUGCUCCAAGCACUUUUUUGUUUGUCUCUAAGUUGAGCACUUAGAGAUUGACAGGUAGUGAAGUGUAGUUUGACACUGUUAAUUUUGUUAAAUGAAUACAGUGAAAGGUUUGUUGAUAAAUGAGUGAAGAAUGCUGAGAAAAUUAUUCUUUGUACAAAUAAAGAACAUUCUUGUUAAAAGUGAUGACUCCUGUUUCAUCC